AGAAAAUUAUUUAAAUAAGACAAUUUAUCUUUUAUUAGCGAAGGAAAUUAUGUAAUCGUUAAUAUCGUAAAAAUGAAAAUGAAGACGUUCGAAUUCGUUAUAUUGCCGGCAAUACACAACCGCGCACUCUACCGGUAGCACGUAAAAUUAUAAUUAUACAUCAAUAAAACACGAUAUAUAUCCUUCUCUUUGACGGUAGUUGACACGAUGAAAUAAAAGUAUGAUUUUAUCAAUAUGGAAUAGUCUACUGUUUGUAAACCGAAUCGAUUUGAAAUAAGUACGUAUUAAUCGUUUAAUCGCCCAUGCGAUUCCAAGUAUAAUGAGUGAUUUAGAACGUGUAUAUAAAUAUGUAUUGACAUUAUUAUUUCGAUGUAUGUAUACUUUACAAAAAUUUAUCUUUUAAAUUUCUUUUAUUUUUACAAAUACAGUUGAUAUUCAAAGUAGGAUUCCUGUGUACGCAAGUAUUAUGAUUGAUUGUUCAAGUAUUCGACGUAUCUUUUUAAAUAUCAUUUGUGUGAAAUACAGAAUAUAGUAUGGCAUUACCAUCCUCCAAUAAUCCAAACAUGAUAUCGUGGAGCGGAGGCCGAUCACGCGGAAGAGUAAAAGUAGUUGAGGCUCCAUUAAGAAGACCUGGAGGAAAUGCAUCCAACAAAUACAAUCAAUUCGUAUGCAAUGAUAUUAUAGAGGGAAUAAAUAAUCUUGCUAUAAAUGAAUUAAUACCAACGGAACAAAUAAAUGAAAUAGUUCAUCUUGUUCGUACUACAAAGGAUGAAGAAACAUUAAAGUCCAUGUUUGAUACUCUAUAUAAACGUGCUUUGGAAGAUAAAAUCUUUGGUAUAAAGUUAGCAAGUUUAUUCAGCGACGUAACAUUCUUUACCAUCGAGGUUAAUGAGAACCAAACUAUGCGAUAUCUAUUGCUGAGUACUUUGCAAAAUGAUUACAAGAGAAGAGAAGAAAUUAGAAAAGAAAGUGCUACAUUAUUUCAAAACAUUGCUUCUUUACUUGGAGAAAUUUAUUAUCAAAUGACGCUAAUAACUGGUAAACCUCUAAGAAUAUUGGAAUUACCAUUACUCGAUUAUUGGAGCAUGUUGUUAGAAACUGCAACCGAGGAAGACAUUGAACUUGUCGCUACACAGGUUAUUAUUAAUGGUAAAGGCAUGUAUAAAAGACCGGAAUUAGAUCAAUUUAUGUUAAAUGUAAGAGAAACUCUUACAAAUAAUAGCCUGUCGUACACAGCCAAGUUAAUGUUGUUACUGAUCAUUGAUUUAGCUAAUCAACAAUUUAAUUCACUGCCUGUAAAUUUAUACGAUUAUUAUACGUCCCAUCUUGGUACAACAGUUUUGAUAUAUCUACAAAGACACAACAGGGAUAUUACUAAUGCUGAAAAUAAUGAAGAUUUAAAAAGUGUAAAAAAUUUGAGAGAAAAUAAAAACGAUACAAAUCAAGAAUCCGAGGCAAGUAGUACCUCGAUGCUACAGUCCAAACAGGAAGCGAUGGUCAAAGAUGAAAAUUGCGAACAGAGGGAUUAUGCGGCAAUGAAUACCAAUAAAAAGAAUUUUACAACAGAAAAUACUGUUCCAAGAGCGAUACGAGGACCUGGCGCAAAUAAUACAAAGAAAAACUUUAAAAAUAACUCUAAACCUUUCGCAAAUCCAAUGUCACCUAAACCCAGUAGUAGGAACAAAGGAUGGGAACACGACGAUCGAUUCGAAGAUGCUUAUGAUUAAUAUAAUAUCAAUAAUGAACAUUUAGUUCGCAGACAGUACUACAUCUAUAAGUAAACGUAUGUGUGUAACUAGCGAUAAAAAAAUGUGAAAUAAUUAACAAUAAUUGUAUUAGAGAUUUAAUGCCUUUUUUAAGAUUCACAGAAUUCUUCUGAAUGAACUUUCUCGAAAUCGCUUUGUUGAUAGAUAAAUAGUCAAAACUGCAUUUGACAUUUUGUUUUCACUAAAAACAUGGAAUUUUUAUAAACGCACAAUUUCUUAAAUAAUCUCUAAUUUCUUUGAUCUAUACUUUUGUGUAGAUUUUAAGCUAAUUUCAUUUCAUACAAUUGUUUUUCUAGAUUAAGUAAUUUAUCACAGUGUUAUUAUAUAUUUAUAAAAAAUAAAGAUAUAUUUUUAUGUUAUCUCACUAUCGUAACAUUACAAGUCAGAUAUGAGACAUUACUUUAGCAUUCAACAUUUCGCAUAAUAUAUUAAUUUUUGAAUUAAUGUGAUGUAUCGUAUGGUUAUAAUAUUAGUAUAGUAACAUUGUAUAGUAUAGAAAAAUAUUUGAAAGUGACAUUAGUUCUGUGAUUAAGAAAAAUUGAUACUGUGAAUAUAUGUAUGUGUAGUACAAAGCUAUAUAGAUUUAAUUCAACCUUAAUUUUUGUAUUUCUAUUUAUAUUAUACGACGUACUUAUAUACGCGCGUAAUAUCUUAACCAUGGAGAUGUUUGGGCUUACUUUGACCGGUUACGGCAAUUAUUUCACCGAAACGUUAAACAAAGAUUAUCAAGAACCAGUUAUAUUGCCGAAUAUUAAAGAGAUUCUAGAAGAACGUUUACGUCGUCAUAAAAAUCGGAGUUUUAGCGAAGUUUAUAACAAGCUUGAUCCGAUUCUUGGUACUACCGAUGGCUUCUCAUACGGAAGUAACGAGCGCAUGUACUUGCAAAGAAAGAAGGGUUUAUGGAAACCGGUUGGACCAACGGAUAUGUACAGAAUACCAACGACGAGAGCGCAAGAGAUCGGAUUUUGGACAAAGGAUUCUUUAUUAUCUGAAGCAAAUUGGUUCAAGUCGACAAAAAAUUACGGCCAAAGAUACAGCGAAAUGACCAAUAUAUUUCACAAACUAAGACUCGCUGACCCAUUGGCAGUGCUUUAGAUAAAUUUCAUUACUUAAACGUGAAAGAUCUCUCUCGACUCGUAUGAAAAAAUAAAUCAAUAUCGAUAUCAAGAUAUCCGACAAUAUACAACUACAAGGUUUUUUCGUCGAUUUAAAUCUUACGUAGGACGUAGUUCCAAACGAUGUAACUCUAUAAACAAUUUUGUAAUCAAAAAGUAUUGCUUAUCCAUUUAUUUUAUCCUAUAUACUUGUGUAUAUGCAUAGACACAAAUAUAUAUAUAUAUAUACAUAUA